CUCUCUCUCUCUCUCAGAAGGUGUGUUGUGAAUCACGCAUGAACCACGCAGUCACGUAUGAGCGAAACCACCGGUCCAAGUCAACUUACACUUGCUUAUAUCCAAACAACAAACCCAUAGUAUAUAUUGCUUCAUUUCACCUUAUCACCCUCCCAUUCUUCUCGUCUAUCCUGCAUCUCUCUUUCUUUCUCUUUCUCUGACAUCUUCCUAUUAUACUCGGUUAAUUCUUCCGUUUGUAGCUGGGGUUUCAAGGAAACUCAAUUAAACGACGUAGAAAGAAUGAGGAAACCUAGUUGUGAUAUCAAAGACUUGAACAAAGGAGCUUGGUCCAAACAAGAAGACCAGAAACUCGUAGAUUAUAUAAAUAAACACGGCGAGGUUUGUUGGCGCACACUCCCUCAGGCUGCAGGUUUACUUCGCUGUGGUAAAAGUUGUAGGCUGAGAUGGAUAAACUAUCUACGUCCAGAUCUAAAAAGGGGAAACUUUUCCGAAGAUGAAGAAGAUCUCAUCGUCAAGCUUCAUGCCCUUCUAGGCAACAGGUGGUCACUAAUAGCUGGUAGAUUGCCUGGACGUACAGAUAAUGAAGUGAAGAACUAUUGGAAUUCUCAUAUAAGAAGAAAGCUAAUUAGCAAGGGAAUUGACCCAAACAAUCAUCGAUUAAAACACUCAAUCCCAAACCUUGAGAAUCCACCCAUGUCUGAUGAUAGUUCAAAACCCUGUGGCACGAAGGACAUUAGCAAGAACGAGACAAGUAAAUCACCUCAUGUUUAUAACUCUGGUGAAGUCUCAGAUGCUGCAAGUGGCGAGGCUGAGUCAUCAUGUGCAUUGCCAGACUUAAACCUUGACCUCUCUAUUGCCAUUCCUUCAGCUUCACCCACCGUUUCUGAAAACAAUAUUGCACCAUUUCAUGAAUCUAAUUCGUCAAGGAAAAUGCACUUUGAAUCUCCUUCAACGCUUCUUCUAUUUCAGUAACCAACCUCGUGGCUUGAAUGCAAGGAAAUUCAGCAAAUAGUCGCAACUCGCAAGAGAACCCUCGACUAAAAUGUUGGUCUAUGCUUUGUUACAAAGUUGCAAUGGCAUGCAUGGGACAAAAAUUUUCAUAGCUGGCAUAAAUUACUGCCAUCUUGCAACCGAGUACUCACAUGUUUUAUAAUGUGAAAAUGGAAAGGCUAUAUCUGCAUCCAAAAUCCAAUUAGCAAAUAGAUAUAUUGAAUCCACCGAAACGUAUUUGUAGUAAUAAUUUCUUAAUCCUGCAGAAGCAAGUCAUGAUCAUUUUAAUGAAUAAUUCAUUGCUCAAUGUUUGUUACAGAUUUGGCGGCUGUAUAUUCUGGCUAAAAGCAGUGGAAAUAUUUUAUAUUUAUAUAACUUUCUGACGGAAACAUUCAUCCGGA